AUGGCAAUAUGCAUCUACGAGCACGAUGCAACCACAAUAAUACCGGCACUCGUAUCUGAACUGCCAUAUUCCACGACUUUGCUCCGGCGAAUCCAACAUGGAAUCGCGUAUCCGUAUGAGACCGCCCACAUACUGGCAACUUUCCCCCCCGGCUUAACCCCUGAGCGUGGACAGCCAUGGCUGGCUGCGCGAGUGGAUCUUUUCGCUGGCCGCACAACACAAAUGAUCAUCUACUCCAGCCUCGAAGCGGAGCACACGUCAACUCCGCCGAUCGUCACUGUCAGCGAUAGUACGGAGAUAUUAAAUGUGGACUCAAUAUCCAAUAAUAGCAAGAACAAUGAUGGUAUCAACACCGUCGCCAAGUCCAUUGUUUCCACCUUUUCCGCCAGCCCACCCGUCCUAGCCCUGGUCCGCGCCCAGCUAUUGGCUUUGCUGGAAUAUGUCAAGACCAAUAUGCUACCAUCCUACCUAUCAUACUUGGCGAAGUCAGCCCAAGCCACAUCCGUGGCAGCUGAUACUCCUCCCGUAUCGACGUCCUCGGUGACCCCAAACAACACCAGUCCCACUAGUGUCCCCCUGAUCCCGGCGCCGGAUCCACAGGCUUUUCUCAUAGGCAGCCUUCAUACAGGUCUAUUCUCUCUUCUACAGCAAUCAGGCACAUACACCCUAUCUGACCCGAUACCCAAUAUCCGGGUCCAUCGCUUCGAUGAUCCGCCUUAUUACAAGUACUUUUUCCGGAGAUCUGAGUUCAGCCCCGAGGCAGAGUCUGCAAGAUCUGCCGAUCUGCCGUUCGCCGAUCUUUCCCUCCCAUCUGGAUAUAGGUUCCAUGACCGAGAGGGUAGGGAGGGUGUUCUGAGUAAGCACCUGGAUCUUGUGCAGAGUCGGACACAUAUCCCCAGGCCAAGAUCACAGCUAUCUAAAAUUCCCGGUAUGGCGGUUUAUUUGGAUUCUACGUCUAGUGAUGCUGAUGAAAUGCCUAUUGCAUGGGGAUUCUUGGGUGUGGAUGGAGCGCUGGCGACAUUGCAUGUUGAGCCGGAGCAUCGGGGUCGCGGACUUGCCGUUCCAUUGUCCAAGGCUGUCAUGCGUCAUGGAAUGGCAGUAAAUGGUGUUUUUGGAGCUGGAAGUGUUAACUCUGAGGAUAGUCAGACUCGAGAGCGUGUUGGAGCUUGGGCGCAUACUGAGGUUGCUGGGUAUAAUAACGCGAGUCGGAGAGUCAUGGAAAAGAUUGGCGGUCAGGUUUUGACAACUGUCACCUGGACUGUCAUUGAGCUGCUUGAUUAA